CAAAAAUUACAAAAGGUUCGCAUCCCACUCCACUUCAUCAUUCAGAAUCUUAAAGUGCAGCGGAUUAUCAGUGGCAUGCAAAAUGGUCUUUGAACGACUAUAUGAAGACUUCAAAAAGGAAACCCGUUUAAUUCUUUGGUUGGCGAUCAUACUUACGACUGUGGAUGCAAUGGAAUUGAAAAGCAUGUAUGAAGAACCGAUCAAAAUAGUUAUAAUGGCGGUAUAUGUCGUUGUAGUGAUCGUUACGGUAGUUCUUUGGUGGCAUGACUUCCCAUUCUUCAUGAGAAUUCAGACCGGUAUAAUUGUGGAUAUCGCAAUCAUGGUCGUAAUUCCAGUGAUCAUCUCGUCAAGGACAACUCCAAAGCAAGGCGUGAAUUGGUAUGAAAGGGAACGUAUAUCCGCGGAAGAGAAAAGCAGCCAGGUCAUGCUAAUCCUUUUCCAAUUCUGCAAGAAACUCCUCAUAAAUUUAUCCAGCGUCGCGGAGCUCCAGUUUAAAAUAAAUAUCAUAAAAGCCAUGUUCCGGAUAGUCAUGAAUUGGUAAUGGGAUCGUCCACACAGAAACAAAACUCCUCAACUUUUAGCAAUCUAAUAAUGAGCAUCGUGACACUGCACAAUUAUAGGUCAUACGCUUAAAAUUGAAUUAUCUCUUUUACGUAAUUUUUGAAAAUACAUAUGUAGAAUUCUUG